AUGCCCAUGCCAGGCAUAUUGGCACCAUGCCAGGCACUAGUGCUUUAUGCCAUGCUCAUGCCCAUUGGCACAAAAAUACCAGGCACUUCUAUUAUUGUUGAGCACAGGCACAAGCCUGGGUUGCAGACUCCGACAGUAUCACUUUCCCGACAUUAUCUAUUUACCGACAGUAUCAUUUUCCCGACAACACCUUUGGCAGAUAAAAUUCCGACAAAAUUGACCGGAACUAACCCUAACCUAAUCAAUUUGUCGGGAAAAUGA